UCAAAUGCUGCACAUACAGUACUGAACAGAGAUAACAUAUUAGAAAGUAAAUAAAAUAGAAUCUAAGCUUUUUAAAUUCGACACAUUAAUUCAACAAUUCAAUUUUAAAUGAUAAGUUCAGCUAACACUUGUGGCAACCCUAUCAUCUACGUUCCUGUAGUGUAGCGAGCCGUAACCUCGGAUUUCCCACUUUUCAGAGUAGAUUUUUUGUGUACAAAUCCGUUUCACAUAACCCAAGACCGAGUUAAUUAUAGGAGCCAAUGAAAACGGUUUUUAAAAUGCAGCCGCAAUAAAGUUGCCAUGACAAUAGGGUCAGUGUCAUCUUCAAUGGUUUGACAGGUGCUUGACAAAGCAUCUUAAAGCAUGUAUGCGAAAGGAAAGGGAUCUUCGGUCCCUUCAGAUGCACAAGCAAGAGAAAAAUUAGCGUUAUAUGUUUAUGAAUAUUUAUUACACGUAGGAGCUCAAAAAAGUGCACAGACUUUCCUGUCAGAG